AGGGGCCGCUCGGCUCCCGCCCGGCCGUUGGCGCCGGGCCGUUGGCGCCGAGCGCUGAUCCCCCCGAGCCCCGCCAUGGCCGGGCGCUCGCGCUGCGAGGCGCUGAAGGUGGUGGCGCGGUGCCGGCCGCUGAGCCAGCGGGAGGAGGCGGCGGGCUGCGAGCGCGUGGUGCAGCUGGACGUGCGGCUGGGCCAGGUCAGCAUCCGCAGCCCCCGCGCCGCGCCAGGCGAGCUGCCCAAGACCUUCACCUUCGACGCCGUCUACGACGCCGACUCCAAGCAAGCCGACCUCUACGACGAGACCGUGCGGCCGCUCAUCGAUUCUGUGCUCCAAGGCUUCAACGGGACCGUUUUCGCCUAUGGCCAAACCGGCACCGGUAAAACCUACACCAUGCAGGGCGUCUGGGCCGAGCCCGAGAAGAAGGGCAUCAUCCCCAGCUCCUUCGAGCACAUCUUCACCCACAUCUCGCGCUCGCAGAACCAGCAGUACCUGGUAAGGGCCUCCUACCUGGAGAUCUACCAGGAGGAGAUCCGGGACCUCCUCGCUAAGGACCAGAGCAAGAAGCUGGAGCUGAAGGAGAACCCUGAGACGGGAGUCUAUGUCAAGGACCUCUCCUCCUUCGUCACCAAGAAUGUCAAGGAGAUCGAGCACGUCAUGAACCUGGGCAACCAGACGCGCUCAGUGGGCAGCACCAACAUGAACGAGCGCAGCUCCCGCUCCCAUGCCAUCUUCCUCAUCACUGUCGAGUGCAGUGAGACGGGGCCCGAUGGUGAGGAGCACAUCCGUGUUGGCAAGCUCAACCUGGUCGACCUGGCUGGCAGCGAGCGACAGAGCAAAAUGGGGGCCCAGGGAGAGCGCCCCAAGGAAGCGUCCAAGAUCAACCUCUCCCUCUCCGCCCUGGGCAACGUCAUCUCUGCACUUGUGGGUGGCAAGAGCACGUACAUUCCCUACCGGGACUCCAAGCUGACCCGCCUGCUGCAGGACUCCCUUGGGGGUAACGCCAAGACAAUCAUGGUGGCCACCUUGGGCCCAGCCUCUCACAGCUACGAGGAGAGCCUCUCCACUCUCAGGUUCGCCAACAGGGCCAAGAAGAUAAGGAACAAGCCCCGGGUGAACGAGGACCCUAAGGACACCUUGCUGCGGAAGUUCCAGGAGGAGAUUGUCCGGCUGAAAGCGCAGCUGGAGAAACGUGGGAUGCUGGGGAAGAAGAAGAGAAGAAGCAGCCGGAGGAAGAAAGUGGUGGAUGGGGAAAAUGCCACUGAGAACGAAGGGGAGGACGAUAAUGAGGAUGGGCUGGAGAAGAACAUGAAGAAUUACUUGAAGGAGCAGAAGGAGAGACUGGAAGAGGAGAAAGCUGCUAUCCAGGAUGACCACAGCCUGGUGAGUGAGGAGAAGCAGAAGCUGCUGCAGGAGAAGGAGAAGAUGAUUGAGGAUCUGCGGAAGGAGCAGGAGGCCACGGAGCUGCUGGCCACCAAGUACAAGGAGAUGGAGAGCAAGCUGCUCAUUGGCGGCAGGACCAUUGUGGACCACACCAACGAGCAGCAGAAGAUGCUGGAGCUGAAGCGGCAGGAGAUAGCUGAGCAGAAACGCCGGGAGCGGGAGAUGCAGCAGGAGAUGUUGCUGCGGGACGAGGAGACCAUGGAGCUGCGGGAGACGUACACCUCCCUCCAGCAGGAAGUGGAGAUCAAAACCAAGAAACUGAAGAAGCUCUAUGCCAAGCUGCAGGCUGUGAAGGGGGAGAUCCAGGACCAGCAUGAUGAGUACAUCCGCGUGCGGCAGGAACUGGAGGAGGCUCAGAACGAGCAGACGAGGGAGCUGAAGCUCAAGUACCUGAUCAUCGAGAACUUCAUCCCACCAGAAGAGAAGAACAAGAUCAUGAACCGCCUGUACUUCGAUGGCGAGGAGGACCACUGGAAGCUGGUGCCCACCGGAGGAAACAGCAACCAAAUGAAGAGGCGGCCUAUCUCUGCGGUGGGGUACAAAAGACCCAUCAGCCAGUACGCCCGCAUGGCCAUGGGAUCUCAUCCUCGGUACCGGGCUGAGAACAUCAUGAUGUUGGACCUGGACGUCUCCCCUCCAGCCAUCUUCGAGUUUGAGCGGAGCAGGAACCCAGCAGAGCAGGACCCCCGGGCUCUCCACCUGGAGAGGCUGAUGCACCUGGACAGCCUCCUGGAGCGGCCAACAGGCUCCCGGCUGAGGAAGUCCCACUCCUGGUGCCAGACGCCUCGGUCACUGCCAUCCUCCACCACGCAUGUCUCCCUUGCCCCCAGCUCUCCAUGCGCCACCACGCUGCCAGCUCAGGAGUGACGUCCUGGACGCCCUCGUCGCGUGCACCGCCUCACAGUGAGGACUGUGCCCUGUCGGUGACCAAGGAAGGGCCCUGGCCGGCAGCAUCUCCACCGGUCCCAGUUCGUCUUUGUCUUCAGCUACUUUGUGUGCGUGUGUGUUUGUGUGAGACGCUCACAAGGGCAAGGGGAGCUGCCCCCUCCUUCCUUCUGCCCCCCCUCCCCAAUCCAGAUCUGUCACUUUAUUUAUUUAACAUAUUUAUUUAUGGAGUGGUUGAUGCGCAGAGUCAAGAGGUGCCUUCAGACUGGAGGCCACCUAAGGCUGGCAGUAGGCACCAUGCUGACCAGCGGAGCACCCAUUCUGCCACCGCAGCCCCUGCGCAGGGCUGGGACAUGGGGACACUGUCAGGGUGGGCACCUUCAGGUGCUACCCACCAUUGUGCUCCGCAGAGCAGGCAGGAGAGUGCAUGUGCCCCUCUCCGGUGGUUUUGGCAGAAGGUGAGGCAACUCUGGACUCGGGUGCUGCAUUUGCUUUGCUGGAUCCCAGGGAUUUUGGUGAUUUCUACAAGGACUUGGAGACAUUGUGGUGGCACCUCCAUGCGCUGGGCUUGUCAAGAGGUCCAGAGGAACUCUCCAGUCUGCAUCGACACUGGUGGCAACAGUGACAUCUCAUUGAGUUCUGGGCAUGACUGUCAUUCCAGGAAUGCCGGCUCCAUCCACAGAGCUUGGAGAUUAACCAAACCAAGUCAGUCCUGGUGGUGCUGGGGCUUUGUUCCCCUCUGCUGUGCUCUGGAGAUGCUGGCACUGUCCUCUUCAGCUGCCUGACACUGGGAAUGCUCUCGUCCCUGACUACAUGGGUGUUUAACUCCUUAAGGAGAUGUAAGUCUCCAGCCCCUUCCACCCACCCUCCCAAAGGUACAUGUAGUCUGGGGAGCGAUGCUGCUGAAGUGAAACCGAGGGGGAUGGGAACACCUCCAGGGAUGGGGUGAUGUCUAGAGGAGUGAUGUCAACAUUGCUCUUCUCCUGGCUGGGUAAGACCACAUGGAGGUCGCCUCAUAGUUGGGAGAAGUUUCCUGGUGGUUGUUGGGUUCACAGAGGGAUGGACCUGAAACAGGUAAUGGAUAAGAGGGGACAAGCUGUGAGGCCACUCUGGCAAUCUGAAACCCAUUCCAGGGAGCAGCACAUGUAGGUUCCAGGACAUUGCUCGGUGUUCCUGAGAAAUUCAGCAAUCCAAUGGGGAAGAUGGGUCCCUGUUGAAGACCAUCCAUUCAAGAUGGCCAGCAGCUGUGGCUUCCCUGGGAUAGCUUCCAGAUAUGUGGAGAUGGAGGAGAUCCGUUUGUUUGACAAAGAUCCUAAUGAAUGAGGGAGCAACACCCAGGUUCAGAUGGGAGGAUUCUGGUCUUCAGAGGAGUGAAUGCUGAGACUGGUCCCUGGGAAGGCAUAUCUGUGAAGAUUACAGGUAGGGACCAUAUCUUAGAAUCGUGGAAUGGUUUGAGUUGGAAGGGACCUCAAAUCCCAUCCAGUUCCAACCCCCUGCCAUGGGCAGGGACACCUUCCACGGGAUCAGGUUGUUCCAAGCCCCAUCCAACUUGGCCUUCAACACCUCCAGGCAUGGGGCAUCCAUGAUUGCUCUGGGCAGCCAGGGCCUCCCACUGUCUUGUGGUGAUGAAGAGAGUUUCUUCUACCGGAGGCCUGGUCAUCACUCACCCCAACAGCUCCUGCAUUUGGGAGCCAGGGUGAGGGUGGGAGAGGGAACAGCAGUUUCUUCUACUUCAGAGGAGUGCACAAUCCACACACACAGAGUGGUCCUGCCUCCUGUUCUUGAUCAUUGCCCUCUGCCACCAUCUGCCCUUUCCCAUUUGUGCUCUGUGGCACCUUCUUCCUCCAAAAUCCUUGUCCCCUUCCCACCCCAGCAGCUAGCUUGUAGGUGAUUUGGGAAGCUGUGGUUGCUCCCAGAACCGAGCUCAGGUCCAUGUUCAGCGUGAGAAGGAGUGUGCAGGAGAAAGGGCAUUUUAGGAAUGGGAGAAGGGUCUCUUCCACGGCUUGGGCUGCGCUCCUGUCUGUACGUGUUGCCCGCAGCCAUGGAUUUAUGUGCACAUCUCCAGAGCAAGCUGGCUCUGGCCCCAGGAAUCCUGGUGGAUGAGAGACCCAGUUCUUUAUUUUAGUUUAUUAGGGUCGGAAGCACAGACCUGGGAGAGGGCAGAAGCUGGCUGCAGGGAGUCCUGUAGGAAUAUAUUUUCCUCCCUUCCUUGUUUUCUCAUUGCCCCAAGUUCAUGUACAGCUAGAUCAGCAGCUCAUGGAGCCCUGAGGUGGUGAAGCAGGGACAGGGUCUCUUAGGUCCAUUUUCUACCUGGGGUGUGGAGAUGAAGUUCAGGAGCUGAUGGUGUCUUCUCUUGCCCCCUUGCUUGCCCCAGGCCAUGGAGUGUCAUGUUGACGGGUGGAUGUGCUCCACACUGCUCUGCCAUGGCACACUUUGGUCCUCAUCUGUGUCACAGCAAAGGACAGGUCCAGCUCCUUCAUGAUGGGCUCUGCUUGGAAGCCCUUCCAGCUCAGCCCAGGUUGGACACGUGUUUACCUGGCACAGGGCACAGGCUGAGCUGCUUCCAAUACCCAAGCACCGCCUGUGUCGCAUUUGUUGUGCGCGUGGGUCUGGCAAUGUCCCAUGCGCUCACUCUGUCUCUCUCCACGCUGCUGAUGACCUCCCAGCCUCCUCAGCGCAACCCCGAAGAAGGCUGUGAGCAGCUGCUGGUGCUUCGAGCUGAGAGUGGGUGAGCUGGCAGUGUUGUCAGGGGUGGCUCCGCAGUCUCUGCAUCAUGGCAGCAGCCUCUGAUGUACAUUUGUACUGUUCUCUGGUCUCUGUUGGUGUGUGUGUAUCAACAUAGGAAUGUGUGUGAGUGUGUAUGUGUCCCAAGGGAUUUGUUCUCCAUCAGCGUGAGUGACUGUACAGGGGCGAAUCCCAGAGGGGGGACGGGGCUGGGGCUUCUUUUUGUUGUUUAAUUGUUCGGUUAUUUGGGGUUUCUGAGUUUUUUUUCGGG